GUGAAUCCCCGAUGGUGGCGAGUCCAGCUGCACAGCCCGGAGGCCACGUCACACCGGCGGGGGCAAACUUUUCCGUGAUAAACUACGUUGGUAAAAUGCAAAAGCAAUCAUCCUACAAAUCAUCCACACGGUGCCGGACACCGUACGAAAGGGCAGGUGUCCGCUCUGGAACAACGGGUCGACUGCUGGAGCCCCUGAUGGACGACACGACGAACUCUUCGACUUCCUCGUCGACGGAGUUUGGUUGCAGCAGCAAUAGCAGCAGUACCGGCAUUAGCUGCGAAACGAUCCCGGAUGGUAGCGACCAACCGGAGGGUCUCGACACCGAAGACAGCAGUGCGUCUGGGCAGCGGCUACGGAGCCGCAGAUCGAUGAGCGUUUCGUCGAGCGGUUGCUCUAGCUCGAUGGACGAUCGGAACUGUGAUUUUUCUCCUCUGGGAAGCAUCAUCAGCUGUCGCUGCAACUCCUACAGUAUGUCCGACUUCGAUGACGAUGGGUUCCGCGAGGACAGUAGCGUUUCGUCGGCGGGAUAUGCAGUGUUCUCAACCGCCCGCUCGUAUCAAGCGCACCAUCCGCUGCACCACCACCAUCAGAACGUUUCGCACCAUCCGAACAACCACAAGGGUCUGUUCGAUAUUGCACUGAAGACGGUCAAACUUAUCCGGCGCAAUCAGGAGCUCCAGCUACGCCUUUCGCAGCUGCAGGAGGAAACAAAUGCGUUCAUCGAAUCGGUGAUGGCCAAUCCGGAGAACGAGUCGUUACGCUCGCGCUUUUACGGCACGCAGAUCAAGCGGAUACCGACGCCGGUAACGGUGCAAAAGUAAGCACGAUCCGCGGGGAAGUGUCGUGACGCACACGAACAAACACAAACUCCCAACCAAGCGCUUGGCCGGAAAGUCCCGGGGAAGGAGCUUCGAUCGGAGCGGUGGUGAUCCGUUUGAAACGCUACAAUCGACUGCAUCCACCCAUUCUCAGUGCAACAGCUCGAGGACACUUGCACAUCAUCAUCAUCAUCAACAUACCCAGGCAAGAUCGUGUGAUCAAUCGGCGAUCCUUGAGUGCUUGUGUUGGUUCUAGUGAGACUUGCGUUCUAAGAUAGAUUAGAUUGUAGAUCAGAUUUUUCCAUCGGUCGCCAUUCUGUAAGAUGAGGUUAAUUUUUAAUUUAAUUUAUUACUAACAAUCGGAUUGAUGGUUGCUUAAUAAUAAAACUUAUAGCAUGUAGUAAAGUAGUUUCGAGCGUUAUAGCAUUAAAACAUAUUGUUCUAGCAUAUUGCUUACGCAGUCGUAUGAUGAGGACGUUAACAAACAGUCGACAUAACAAUCUCUAAAGCAUUAUCCAAGAAUCUAAUUGACUUCAAAUCAAUGGAAUAAACUACGUAACGGCUGUCGAUCGGAACGCAGUUAGGUUAUCAUUAGAUGGAACCGAUUAUCGAUAGUGCGAAGGCACUGUUUCAAUAAGCAAUCAAUAUGUCGUUAGCUAUGAAGGUAGAGGAAAGCUUUUGCUGACUUUUUAUGAAUCCAUUUAGGGUCAAAAUUUUCUGUGAAUGUGAAGAAUUGGAAGCGAAAGGUCGCAACUGUGUAGGAUAAAUUAUUCUACGAUUUAUGAUCUUGCUUUUCCUUCAGUUGUAUUAAAACCAAUCAAAAGGUGAUAUCCUCUCAGUCGAUAAUAGCGCGGAUAAGAUCUGUGAGAUCGAGCAGAAUAAUUACGGAAAAUUAUACAUUUCUAUUGGGUAUUUAGAAAAACCCUACAUCACUUCUGUGACCCUACGUUAAUUAUGUGACAGGAAUUCGGAAACAAUUUUGCUUAACUUAAAAACUUUUUCAGUUUAUUUUACUCUGUAAGAUUUCUGUAUAAUUUUCUGUAAAGCAUAAAUUCAAUUGAACAACUCGUUUUAAUUGCGCACACGUCAUUGCUGCCAAAUACAUCCUUAUGUUUUUGUUAGAAAGACAUUCGACCAUAUGACCAGUUAUCCGACACGACAAAUGCAACACGGAUUAAAAGAAUGUUUUCGGUGUGUUUUGGUGUUGAUGAUAGUAGACUUAGGAAGGUACUGUUGAAUCAAAACAUUAAUUUAAAAUCCUUCAAAAGGCCGUAAGAUACAUACGCUUCUCUGCUGCUUCAGUGUACGUUAGUGGGACGGAAAAAUCUCAAUCAUAUAUAUAAACAUAUAUGUAGGCAUUAAGGAAAACUUAUAACAAAAUACACGUUCUUUGCAAGGGCAACAUCGGCAUGGCGAGUUUGAAUGAAAUUCACAACUAUAAAAGAACGGCUAGUUUAAGAACUAGCGAACUCCAAGUGGUAUUUAUAUUUAACUAACGGUAGUGAGUCCGACGAAAAGUGAUCAUAUAAAAGCAAAAAUGAGUGAAACACUUUAUUCAUU